AUGGCGACAAAGCCUGCAGGGGGCGGUAGGGGAGUGCUGAAGAGCGCCCUGAGUGGCGGCAGAAAUGACGCGAAAGGCGUGGCGCCAAGCGCCGUAGGGAAAGCGAGCGGCAGAGGCGGAAAGCCCAGCCGUGACGCGACCCGCAACCCGCUUCUUAGCGUCGCACUCGAACCGGAGGUAACGUGCCCUUGCCGAGUGCAUCCACCGCGACUCCACAGCGCCACCCUCGUCGUUGUCCGCGACGAAGAGCCCAAAAGCGCAGACGCGGCUGUGCCCAGUAUAGCGGAAGAAGACGGGCGAGAACAGAAUGCGUGCGACAUCAGCGCGCAGCUGGCCGCCGCUCUCGAGAAGCUGCACACCCCAGGAAGGGAGGCGAGCACUCAAAACGCAGCACCAAACGCAACUCAGAACGCAUCUGCUGAAGAGGGUUCAGAGAACGCUCCAGGGUGUGCUGGAAGCGGCAGCGACGCUGCGGCAGCCUCGGAGGAAGACUUCGUGCGUUCGCUUGCGCAAGCGCGCGGGGACUACCUCGCGGCUGUGGAGCGUCGGGCGUUCAACGCGUUGAAGCGCGCGGCGAUGGAGCGCGAGGACUCUCCGAGGCCGCCUCAGGUAUCUCCGCGCCCACAGUCGUUCCGCGCCGCCUCGGGGGAAGACGGCGGGUCGCGGCUCAGGAGCCCUACGGCUGACUCGGCGAAAAAGCCACCCCUUGCCUCCUCUGUUUCCCUCCACGACCGCGAUACGGGCGAUGACGCUGCGGCUUCCCCAGCAGGAGGCGCCGACGAGGCGGCGCGGGCUGCUGGUCGCGGAGGUGCCGCCGUAGAGCAGCUCGACGUCCUGUUUGUACUCUCAGGAAUUCCAUGGUCAGCCGAGCUCCUCGCCGCGUGCGACAAACAGAUCGAGCUCGACUGUGUAGUCUUUUUGACACGGGGGUCUGCCGAGAGGCUCCAUGAGCGAACACGGGGGGGCCACGACCUGCCCGCGGAGCUCCGCCUCUUUUACAAGGCCAUCAAUCAAGCCCGACCCGAGGCCAUGCUCGCCAACACAAUCAUGGAGACCAUGACAAACGUAACCAACGAGUUUCUGCAGACUCAGGGGUGGCCGCAGCUUGCGCAGCGCGCGCUGCAGGUCAUCCAGCAUAAGGAGGCGUUUUCGCGGUUUCUCGUGACGACAAAGACGCUCGCCUUUUCCACGUUCGCCGUUGCCCCCGCUGCGCUGAAGAACUCCGGGACGCCUCAGGAGGCCGCCUCAGAUAAAGUUCUGAACUCGAGCAACUUGGGGUCGGAUCUCGACAGAGGCGGUCGCCGUGUGGGCGCCAAGCGCGAGGACGAUGGCGCGGUCGCUGGGCACGAAGACGAGAAGAAAAAGGGAAAGAAAAAAAAGCCCGCAGGAAAAAAAGAAGCAGAAGACGACCGCGACAAGAGCGCACCCGAUCCCGGGGGCGCGCACUCCGCAUUUGCCGACUGGGCCAAGGCGCCGACGGGCGCGCGCGAGGGAGCCCACAGCUGCAGACCUCGAAGUCCAGUGCGUGGCUCGGAUUUACCGUUUCUGGCGCGGCGGCUGGCUCUCCGCUGGGAUUUGAACCUGCGGACACGGCUCAAGCUUUUGUCUACGUCGGGCGAGUCUGCGCGCGUCCCCAGGCUGUACGACGUCCUCUUCUCGCGCAUCGCUCCGGAGCACCACGACGCGGCCCUUUUCCUUCGCUGCCUGAUGGAGCAGGUCGCUGAGAACGCCGACGCAGACCUGGCUCAGUCGCGCUCCUCCAGCGCCGUCGUGGCAGGCGAGAAGCCGCGGCAGCAGGUUUCCUUAGAUCCGUUAUUCCCACCGACCGGCGCGGGAGAGGAUGCGACCGCCAGUGGAGCCCCAGCGCAUUCGGUAGUCCCCUACCGCGACAGGCUCCGGAGGCGGCUCCACGGCCAGCGCGCGCAGUUUGCAGCGGAUGAAAGCGAGACGCCUUUGACCGAGCUCGCGAGAGGCCUCUACGGGUCGGCGCGCGUCCUCGAGAACCGCCUGCCUCCUGAAGCUUCCGCGCUCGCGGCGCCCGAUCCCAGACGAACUGCCUUGCGGUGCCGAAUGUAUCCUUUUUUUCCGGAUCUCCCCCCGAAGCAAAUCGACCACCUGUUCCUUCUCUCUGAGUUCGAGACGCUCCUCAAGUCGGUCUCGCCGACGGCGCGUUUGAGCGAUUUCGCUGAAUCGCGAGUCUUCUACGAGCGCCUGACAGCUGCGGACUUGGUGGACACGCUCUCACAGGCGACGCAGAACGGCGCGACCUGCAUCGCCAAACGCUACGUGCCGAGAUCGGACUUGCUUCUUCUGGCUGUCUAUCAUCGAGAGGCGCCGGGCCUCGUCAGGUGGCGCGCGUGGGCUUCGCGCACCGCGGCGCCGAGGCUGGAUUUGAACAGCUUUUUGAGGCUCCUGCGAGCUGCCGAGUUUGAGCGAGACUCUUCAAGCGGCGGCGGGGAGGCAGAAAGCCUGCUGCCGGCGGUGCUUCUGGAGCUUGACAGCGAGCGCCAUGGCAACAUAUGCGGACUCGAACAAACUGUAACGCCGCACGCAGACACGGUGAUUUCCGGCGUGACCUUCUCCUCCGGGACCGCCACGCGCUUCCCCUUCCCAGACCUGAAGCGGCUGCAGCACGACGAAGAGAAGGCGAAGAAGGAAGCUGAACAGAAACUCCGAAGAACCCGAGGAAGACCGCACGCGCACGCGGCUGCCGCGCCUACAGACGCGGCGCCAGAUCUGCGGUUCUUUCCCCAGCCACUGCACACGUGGAAGUCAACGAGUGUCGCCUGCACGCGUACGGGUGCCUCGUUCGCGCUGAGAGACGACGACGUGUUCGCCAGCGGCUGCGCGCGCCUGCGGGCGGUUCUUGACUCCAGGGUCAUGCACCGCCUCGCGCAGCUGGCUGCAACCCCGGCGGGCGCCGGCGGGGUGCGCAGCGCGGCCGAGAGAGAGAAGGAGAAGAGCGCUGCGGGCGCGAGCGGCGCGAAGACGCAGGAGCCUGAGGAGGCGAGGAGGCUGCCGGUCACGCGGCCUGUCGUCGAGGACGUUGAGUUAGCCAAGCGCAACCUUUCCUGGUUGGAGACAGCGUCGCUGGCGUGCUUCGUGGCUCAAUUUGGCAAUUACGAGAGAGUGCAAGUGGCGGCAGAGACGGCGGAGAUCCUCGCGCGCGCCGCGCGUGGAGAGCUGGGCCUCGAGGAGGCGAUGACAAACCUCCAGACAGCCGUCACGCUCACGUCCGCCACGGGUCAUAUUCUGCAAGUCAUGCCCGACGGCUCAAUCUGGCAGAGCAACGACGCGGCCCUCUGGAAUGCUCUCAAGCGCGACUACGGCGACUUGUUUGAUUCCUGUGCCGCGUCUGAGGCGCUCGAUGUGCCGGUCUUCUGCGAGCCCGGCGUCGCGUCUGCCUCGCUGAAAAGUGCUUGGAGUUCGCCCGCGUCGCUGGUAUUCUUCGGCUGCCAAGAGGACUUUGAACUUCAGCGGCGCAUCUUUCCAGACGGCCGCGUGCUUCGCCUCCUCAUCUCCGGCCGAACAGAACUCUUGUUCCCUGACGGCACCGUGGCGUCGCGCAAUCCCACGCACACGGAGUUCCGACAGCGACUCGCCAGCACCGAGCGGCCCCCUGCGCGGCAUUUGGCCUCGCUGCUUGGCGUCUUUUUGGCAGCGGACCUGCGCAGCCUGGAUGCCGAAAGCAGUCCCAGCCCCCAGCGAGUCGCAGAGGUCUUCGCAAACGGGCGAACCGAUCAGGGCCUCCCAGGGCACUGGCUUUUCACGCAUCCGGACGGGUCGCGCUGCGGAUGCUUCAAACCGCCCAGGGAGGACGAAACGCCGCAGGAGGGCUCUCGGGGCCCUGGCGGCAGCUUCACCCCUUCACAGCUUCCUUGCGAAAGAGGACUGCGGAGCUUCGAGGGCGGAGCUUCGGCCGCGUGCCUCUCGGAGUUGAAGCUCGAUGCGGCUCUCGCGCGCUCCGCGGAGACGCAGGCGCUCGGCGGCGACUGGCGCGCGUACGCCUUGCCCCCAGUCGCGCAAGCCUCGUAUCCCGGUUUCCACUCCAGCGCACAGGUUGUGUUAAACGGCGACUCCGCGAUGCGCGUCGAGUGCCUCCCACCCAAGAAAGGCUGCAGCGGCUGGAACGAAAAGCGACAGCGAUUCGUGGCGCAUCCCGACGGCACACGCGUGCGCGUGGAAGAAGGAACCGACAGGCACGCGCUGGAGAUUGAGAAAGAUGCGUUUUGUCGCUUCCGCAUCUCCCGAUGUCCCGUGGAGGCAGAUGGCGAGCCGCGCGUCCAGAUGGGCAACUCAGCAACGGCAUGCGAGCCCCCUGCGUGGCGAACAAAAGUCUUCCUGCAGACUGCUCAAGGCUCCGCGAUUGCCAUCUCGUGCUUCGUGCCAGGGAGCGUGUCCGAGCUCGACGCGAGUCUGCGGCGAGCGACACGGGUCGCUGUCCACAGCAAAGAAGGCUGGCGAAUCUUCAGCGGCGCCGGCGAUGAGAUCGAAAUCGAAUGGUCAGACACUGCCUGCCUCAGCGGGCUUCUGCCCGGCGACGAGAGGGACAGCGGCCGAACAGCGACGGCGACAGCGAAAAGGAAGUUCUCGUGCUCUCUUCGCCGGAAGGAACUCGUCACCGCGACCAACGCAGGAAUAGUUUACAUCGUCCGGUCGAAUGGAGAUCUAGCGGUGAAAGGCGGCGCGACGGAGGGCGACGAGGCCUGUACACUUGCGCCGCCAGCCCCCGGCUUCGCCUCCCCUCUGUACGUCUCCGCCUUGGCUCACGCGAACUAUAGCGCUGAAGAAACCGGCGAAGCAGAACCCAACGCGGAGGCGUCGCUUCUCGGCGGCCUGCGUCUCUUCGCCGUCUGUUGCCACACUGGCGAGGCAGACGAGAUCCUCAGCAAAUUAGAGGUUCAGCGCCACCUCGACGCAUGCGGACUGGACCAGAAGAGCGUCACCGCGCCUGUGCGAGUUCUGCAGCAUCCGUUUGAAGGCUGCCGCAGCUUUGCCACCUUCACGGCCGCUUCGUCAGCUGCGCCUUCGCUUCCGCUUUCGCCGCUGCCCGUGGAGACCGCGGCGGGCUCGAGCCCCUUUCGAGAACCGCCGGCGACGGCGGAAGCCACUUUCACAGUCUUCCGGAGCUUUCUGGAGUAUCCGGCUACGACCGCUGAGAACUGGCGGGUUUUCAAAGCGCGCUGUCUCGAAUAUCUUCAAUGGGAAGCGAUCAAGGCGCCGCACAACCUGCCCUUUCUCGUUUCGCCCGACGUCGCGGAGCUCGUCCGCUCCACCGCAGAGAGCAGCGGAAGCAUUCGUGUCGGGAGAUGGCAAAGCCUGCGAGCGGCGAAAGGGUCGCGGAGCCUUGACAGCGCGCCGUCUCGAGUGCCUCGUCUCUCUCCCUCCCUCUUGAGCGUACAGGCCCUCGAGCUCCAGUCGUUGCGUUGCCGCGCGCAAACGCACUCCCUCAGACGCACGGCGGACGCGGUGGCGGAAGCUCUGGACGACCUGAGGAGGGACUUUGUGGACACGCAGUUGGACUGCCGGCGCCCGACGGCGGAGGCGGGCUCGGAUUCCUUGCCCAUUGAAGAUCCUGACGCAGGCGCUGCGGCGGGCGGGCCUGGAGAAAGCAGCGAGGCGGCUCUCGCGUGCACGGCUCAGGUCGCCUCGCAGAGCCAAUCGGGAACGUCAGAUGCCCUUCCAGGGCGACCUGCAGAUCUGCUCAAGCAGCCACCUCUCCACGCGGCAGACACCUUCCCCGUGGAGCCGCAUGAGGCCGCGGGAGAGAGAGCGAUCGAAGCUGGCGAGUCCCGGAUUCCGCCGCCUUGGGAGCUGCCCCCGCGGCUUCGCCUGCAUGCGCGCUUGAUCCGAGGAGAGGCGAAAGACGACUUUGACGCGAAUGCGAGCCGCAGAGACGAGACUGCUUCAGGAAAUGCCCCUGACGAGCUGGGGACGGAGGCGCAGGCCGUCUCGCGUGCCCGAAGCCGCGGAAAGCCGCGGCGAGAAGCUGCGAUCGACGUUCAGCGGGCUCUCCGCUCCGCGACGCCUCAGCGUGACGCGGACCUCCCCAGCGCCUCGAGCCGUUCCUCUUCAGGGCCCGUCUCUCCUUCACGGCAGGCAGCCUCGCGCGGCGGAGAUACAGCCUUCGAGGCGACGCCAGCCGCGCGCAGCGGCCUGCGAACGCGAGCGGCUGGCGCCCGCGGACUGCGAUGCACGGCGAGGCACGAAGGGACAGACAGCGAGGCCGCCGCCGCGGAGGGACGGGUGCGCGCCGCAGCAGAGGGGGAGGGGAUCAGCGAGGCAAGCGAAAGAACCCGGCGGAGUGACCGAUGCGAGCGGGAGUCUCAAAUUUACGCGGCGCCCCCCGGCGCGCAUGCGAAGGCCGCCCAGAAGGGAAACACCCAGCGGGUGCCGCUCAAUACCAAGGGGAAAGGGGACGGGGACAGGAGGUCUUCGCUGUACGACGUGUAUGGAAAGCCGCGACGGAGCGACGCAUUUUGCUUUCGAAACCGGUUCACCACGCAGGUGACUGUGGCGCGGAAAGACAGGGUAGCCUCAAGCGACUUUGUGUGCAACGAAAAAUACCAAUUAAUCGAGGCGCCGGUGGACAGGAGACUGAGAACCGCUUCUCUGGCGCGCAAAUGCCGACGCGAGGGGACAGCCAAUGCUACAACGGAACUUCUUUUGGACGUGUUCCCGCGGAGUCUGGACUUCGGGAGAUGCGUCCGCGCGGGCGAGGUCUCCAGCCGUGUCGUUCACGUGAGAAAUCUCGACUCAGACGUUUGCCGGUUCUCCGUUUUUCUCGAGCGAGACGCCGACGACUCUGGCUACGAGAUCCGCCUGCUCUACACGGCAGGCCCGGUUGCCCCCGGCCUCAGUCUGGAGAUCAUCGCGGAGUUGGUCGCGUUCCGCCCGGCAAGUAUUUCCGCGGCUAUCCUCGUCACUCACAAAGCGCACAUUCUUCGAAUCCCUGUAGUCGCGCAGGCUGUCUAA